AUGGAGGAAGAUCUUGCGUUUCUCGACAACGCAUCAGCUGCCUAUGAAGACAUUGAAGUAAAUGGGGCUCCCUGUGCGCCUCUGCCUUUUGACAGGCCGAAAACUGGAAACGCGGAACGUGUGGAUGCGCCAGUCUACAAUCCCGUCACACACGACGUACUGGAAGUCUCCAACAUUAUUUACGAGAGACAUGCCGAUGGAAGACCCCCUGACAGAGCCUACUGGGUCGGACGAAAACUCAAGAAGUGUAUCUUUGGUGUCGUCAAGGAAUGCACCAUCUUACGCUUCCGGAACGACAUGAAUGCUCCUUGGGAGGUCACCGCACAGAAGGCCGCCGUCAAAAUCAUGUCAUGGCAAAAGAUUAGAGAUCUUCGUCACAUCGAAGACCCACAAAAGGAGGUCGCUGCCAUGCAGUACAUCUCCAAGUCGGGCGGUCAUCCCCAUGUCAUGGGCGUGCUGGACGUACUCCAAGAUGACGAGUACUUGCUACUCUUUAUGCCCUUUUGCUCAUCGGGGGAUCUCUUUGGGUUUGUUCAACAAGCGGGUCGCUUCCCCGAACCCAUGGCCCGAUACUGGUUCAAACAAAUUCUAGAAGGUCUCUCCCAUCUUCAGCGAAUGGGAGUAUGUCAUCGCGACAUGUCCUUGGAGAAUAUCCUUGUAGAUGAAUAUCGUACGUCGGUUGUCAUUGACUUGGGUAUGUGCUUAAGGGUGCCCUACGAUGACGAUGGCAAGGUCACCGACGUUUCUGCCGGGACGUUGCGUCGUCUCAUAGGGCCCUUGAUACCAUGCGGAAAGCCCAAUUACAUCAGUCCCGAGAUUUUUAAGAGCGAGGGUCCUUUCGAUGGGUUCGCAAUCGAUCUUUGGGCUGCUGGAGUCAUCUUGUUCAUCAUGCUCGUAGGACUGCCACCGUGGGAGUUUGCUGGAGAAGAAGACCCCCGAUAUCGAAUGGUAGCACGAGGAGGUCUCGAGAGGAUGCUGGAGAGCUGGAACAGAACUGUCUCGGCACUGGCGACAGACCUGCUACAAAAGAUGCUGCGGGAAGACCCAAGACAGAGAUUGUCGCUCUGCGAGGUGAAGGACCAUCCUUGGGUUCUCGGCGAUGAUUCAAAUGCGGGAUCAUUUGGUGCGCCAUCCAAUGAAGGGUGGCGGGGUUAA